UAUAUAUACAACUGGAUUUAUAUAACAGUAUAAUUCUGCACUAGUAUGUAUAUAAACCAGUAUAAUUGUUGUUACGACUGAGUUUCAUAUGUGGUGGUGUUUACGUCUGUAUAUUUAAUAUACAGACAUGAAUGUAAUUGUUCACCUCCUUGCCACAUAUCUCUCUUAAAUCGUUUAGUCAAUAUCGUUUUAUCACUAACAGGCAGCACAUUAACUUGGAUUAAUUUCACCCCAUCUCCACAAUAGCCCCUGAACUAGUAAAGAGCUUCAAGGCUCACAAAAUCCCUAGAGUAGUUGUAGUGACAGCAGCUGCAGCAGUAGAAAUAGUAGCAGCAGCAGCAAGAAAAAUGACAGCAAACAGUAGUAGUAGUAGUAGUAGUAGUAGUAGUAGUAGUAGUAGUAGUAGCAGUAGUAGUAGCAGUAGUAGUAGCAGUAGUGGUAGUUGCAGCAGCAGCAGCAGCAAAAGUGUUUAUAUUAAGACAGUAAAUUUUUCAAACUUAGCACAGAACACAAUACCUGAGUGUAAGAGAUUAAAAUAAAAGCAAGAGACCAAAGUAGAAAAGCUUGUCUAACCUCGUCAUGACGACAAUGAUUCCUCAGAGUGAAGAAUUUGUGUUCAUCAAACAAUGAAUCUGUGUACGUGUCUUUUUUUUAGAGAUUUUGAGAUGAAAAAACAAACUUAAAAAAAUAAGAAAACCACGCGCGCACACAUACACAUGCGCGCACGCACGUACACGCACACACAUACACACACGCACAAACUUAUACAUAACUGCACACUUAUGUAUUAUACAUGCUGAUAUACAGGUACCAUUGAUGCAAAGACAUCACCUCUAAAUGCAAGCAGCGUCAUCAAUCUUGUUACUUGCAUUCUCAUUCCUCCCUUCUUCAAUCUCUCAGUUGUUUGUUUUCUUCUCAGGGUUAUUUCUGCUUUUCUCUCUCUAUUUCUCUCUCUUUCUCUUACUCUCUCUCUCUCUCACAUACUUCUCUGGGUUUUUUUUUAAAAUUCUACCUUAUCUCUUACUUAUUUACAACGAAUAUUAUCAUCUAUUCACCGGUUCAUGUCUUUAUGCAUGUCUACAAUAUCUUUACAUAUGCUAUGCAUCGAGGUUUCAUGAAAUAUUGAUGUUAGAAUGUAGAAGAAAGAAAACAGUCGAAACGAUCGAUUAUACUAAAGGACUUCAUUGGGAGUAUGAUAAUAGUGUAUAUCGUAGAGGUUUGGAAGUUUAUAGGCUAGCCAACUACAAACGAGCCAGCCACAUGCUUAUCCCGUCAUAAAAAAAAAGUAAAAAUAAAAAAAAAGUAGGGAAAAACACCGAAUCGUCUACUGUCGCUACUGCUUCUGUUGUUGCUGUCACUGCUACUAUAAGUGCUGCCGGAGGAUAAAACAAGAUUUUAUCCCAGUUUAAGAAUGAGGAAGGACACAGCUCUACAUAAGAUUAAAACUACAGCAAUCACAAUAACUGCUGUAAAAACUAAAUCAGCUCCUCUAUCAAAUGAGCCAAUGCAGUCGUCCAACACGACAUCGUUUAUUAGCUGCUGGAGUAAGAAAAUUAUCAACAAUGGUAAGAAUUACAAAAGCAACACAGAUGGUAAAAAUAAUUGUUGUAAUGAUACUGAUAGUUAUCAUAACAUAAAUAGGUAUUCCACCUUUCUUCGUCAUUACAGUCAUUAUAAGCACGAUGCCAUCAAAUCUACUACAAUUCAUUAUUUUCAACAAAGAUGUACUGGAUACUCGGCCUUCUGGUUGAUAUAUACAUGUCUUUUAUUAUUAUUCUUAUUACUACAACUGCCAACGGAGACUAAAGCGGAUUUGAUAUUUAAAGCACCUGGAAGCAUUAAAGUUCGCUUAGCAGAUGGACCAAAUGAAUCUUCUGGUCGUGUAGAAGUGAGCAGUGACGGUGUGGAAUGGGGAACAGUUUGUGAUGAUCUAUGGGACAAAGAUGAUGCUGAUGUGGUGUGUCGAACUUUGGGUUAUAUCUGGGGAAACGGUCUUCGAGAUGCUGCAUAUGGAGAAGGUACUGGACCUAUUUUCAUCGAUAAUGUGCUUUGCUCAGGCAAGGAGAGUCACUUUUAUCAAUGUCCACAUAAUGGCUGGAUGAACCAUAAUUGUAAUCACAAUGAAGAUGCAGCAGUACAAUGCUUCAACUCAUCAGUGCGCUUGGAAUCUCGCAGCGGAAUUAAUGCUGGAAUCGUUAUGAUGAGAAUUAACGAAGAAUGGUUUAUGGUCUGUGAUUCGAUGUGGGAUGAUAUGGAUGCUCGUGUAGUUUGCACUCAACUUGGUUUUGUUGAUGGCAAAAGCAUGUGCUGUUCUACACUUGGUAACAGAGAUUCCCAUGCAGUGUCCACUGUGGAAAAUAUCAACUGUACUGGUAACGAAAAAAUCCUUCAGGAUUGCAAACAUACAAGAAGACUUUGGGGACGUUGUUACGAUAAUGCUGCUUCUGUAAUUUGCUACAAUACAUCAGCGCAGGACGUUGAUAAUUCAUUUGCAUUCCGAUUGAGAGGUGGUGACUACAAUUGGGGCCGCGUUGAAGUCCGUCAUUUAGGUAUUUGGGGCCAAGUAUGUCGGGAGUAUAACAACGAGAAGGAAGCACAAGUUGCAUGCAGGUCAGCAGGUUUUCAGGGAGGAGUUCAAUAUGGAUCUGUAAAAGAAGGUCACAUUCCUUACUGGUUAACAUCAUUAACUUGUCGUGGCAACGAAACCAGUUUAGACGAAUGUGUUAUAGACAGAUGGGGACAGCCGGCUGCACUUGCUAGCUGUACUCCUACCUACGUCUUGUGCUACCAGCAUAAUUUAACACUACACUUAGUGGGAGGAGAUAAAAAUGACGGUGCUGUAGAAAUAAUUUACGAUGGACAACGCGGAUCUUUGUGCGUGGAAGACUGGGAUUACGGUGACGUUGAUAUUAUAUGUAAACAACUUGGUUAUAUAGGUGGAAGUUUCCAGCGAUCGUUAAAGAAACGUUACAAGUCUACCAUAUUUAUGUCAGAUAUGCGUUGUCUUGGUUUCGAGACAUCAAUAUUUCAGUGUACCAAUACUGGAUGGAAUAUUACAAAAGAAGUUGGUUGUGGAAACAACCACGAUGCCACUGUACACUGUUACAAUAAAGUGAGAAUAAUUAACAGUGGAUAUCGAAUACAUUAUCAUGGAGUGUUGGAAAUUAAUACUGAAAACGCAUGGGAUAUGGUAUGCCCUGAGGGAUUUGAUGACAUAGAUACGCAAGUCGUUUGCCGUGAGCUCGGUUAUAAAGGAGGAAUUAUGUUUCCCCGACGCACAUAUGGUUUUCUCGAAGACCACGGACCUUAUUUAACCCGCCCACACCUUAGUUGUACUGGCAAUGAAAGUUCUAUUUUGGAGUGUCCCUACAACACCAAAGCAUUUUGUGCCGGUGAACCGUAUAAAGACUAUGUCAGUAUUAUGUGCCUUAAUGACAACAGCACGCAGGAAGAGAAACCACUCCGUCUCUCAGAAGAUAUAAUUCCAGAAGCUGGAAUGAUUAUUGUCAACAAAGACGGCGUUGAUGGUUUUGUGUGUAACAUGAAUUGGCAAGACGACAAUGCUCAUGUUGUAUGUAAUCAGCUUGGUUAUAAAGGAGGGAUUUCACUUCGCUAUGAAAGACAGGAAAGCGGUCCACUUUUUAUACCAAAGGCUUUCAGAUGUACUGGUUAUGAGGCAAAUUUAGACGAAUGCAACGUUACCAAUGAGGUUUGUGUCUCUGAUUUCACAGCUAGUUCUGUUUCCGGCGCAUUCUGUUAUAAUACACAAGCACCGCAAUUACGUUUGGGAGGUGGCAAUACAAACUCUGGCUGGGUAGAAGUUGUUGUUGAUGGCAAAGUCGGCGUUAUAUGUGCUACAGAAUGGUCUCAAAAUAAUGCUGAAACAGCUUGUAGACAAAUGGGUUUUUCUGAAGGGAAGUCUAAAAGUAUAGACAACCCUGGUUACCUGCCAGUCAUGAUGUCGGGCAUCCACUGUUUCGGGCGGGAAAUGACGCUUUUCGAAUGCCAUAUUGAAACAUGGAGACUAGAAACAAAUUGUGACAAGAUUGCACAUGUUUAUUGUUAUAAGAAAGUUCGACUUCAUGACGGUGUGAUGUUACCUGACUAUGCAAGCGGCUGGGUAGAAGUUUACGACAAGUUCUAUUGGCAUGCAGCAUGCGCAGAUUUUAAAGGCAGUUUUAAUUCAAAGGCCGUACAAGUAGCUUGCAGUGAGCUUGGCUACAAAUAUGGCUUGCAACUCCCUAUUGAUUCAAAUAGAUCGUUUUACAUGUCCAACUUUUUAGAAAAAGUACAUUGUGAAGGAAACGAAACAUCUGUUGACAACUGCAAUUUGACGUUUGGUAGUGUUACGAAUUGCGACGUGAAUCUUGCCGGAUGUGUCCGGUAUUAUGAAUGUCGAGAUGAUGUCUUCAUUGGUUGUUCUAAUACCAAAAAGGUAAUGGAUCACAAGAUAUUUCUUGCAAACGAAACCUUCGGAGAAUUAAUUUUGCAACAAUAUGGCCUCAACGCUAGCGUUUGCUCAGCCAACUGGACAUCAUAUGAGCCUAAAGUUAUUUGUCGAGAACUGGGAUUUAGCAAUGGCGUGCUUCUCGGUCCACAAGAUACGUUCAACCGAACUUUCCUGAAUAUAACUAGGAAAGAAAGAUUUAGAUGCAACGGGGAAGAACUGAAACUUAAAGAUUGUGAAACAUACACAGAAGAUGUUUGUAGAAUGCCUUACGCUCACACAUUAAUCCUCUGUUAUAAAAAAAAUGACUUGAAUAUAAGACUUCAUGGAGGAGGGAGAAAUUAUGGUCGCAUAGAAAUAUUAUAUAAUGGUAAAUGGGGAACGAUAUGCAACACAACUUGGACGCAUAUUAACUCAAUGGUCAUCUGUAAGCAAUUAGGAUUUGUAGAUGGUACACCUUUUGUGUCUGGCCCACUAAGUCCACUCCCUGCAACGAAAGAAACUCCAGUUUAUAUGGAAAAGAUUUGGUGCAGACAGGAAGACACUCAUAUCUGGUCUUGUCCAAACAAUGGAUGGGAAAGAGUCGACUCUAAAUGUUUAGAUCAUUCUCGAGAUGCUGCCGUUUAUUGCUUUUUUGCAGUUCGCUUGCAUCCAAACGAGACAUAUGGUGAAUUGUUGCUCCAUAGUGGAAACGAUGGUUUUCUCCCAGUCUGUGAUCCAGAUUUUAAUGAAUUCAAAGCUCAUCUCGCAUGUAAAGAUCUCGGUUAUUUCUUCGGUAUGCAAAUUCUCCGAGCGCCACCAACUACUGAAGAACACCUGCAAAUUUCAAAACUUAUCUGUAACCCACGUUCAACUUUUUCUAUUCAGCAAUGUGAAAAGAAAUCUCAUGUGAUAUCAUGCCUUCAUGCACAGGCAUUUGUUGUGUGCUCAGCAUCAAUGUCUACAGUUCCUCGAAUGAGAAUAAAAAAUGGAAAUUAUGGAGAAGUUCUAUUUCAAUAUUUUGACCAUUGGGGUUACAUUUGUACGGAUGACUUUGAUGAGAAAGAAGCUCAAGUUGUCUGCAAAAAUUCCGGUUACCGAGGUGGUUUUUCUUUUAAACAUAACCAUAUGGGCUCGAAUGAGGAUCUUUACUGGCUCAGCAAUCUUCAGUGCUCUGGAAGCGAAGCUAUUUUAAGCGACUGCCCCGGCGCGCAAUUGGGUAAUGUCUCUGUUUGUACACACAACAAGCGAGCAGCAGUUUUUUGCUCGGAUGAGCCAAGGCCUGUUAACUACAGACUGAUUGGAGAAGGAAACACUGGCAGAGUUGAAGUUCAAAUAAAUAAUCUUUGGGGUUCAAUCUGUGCUGAUCUAUGGGAUGACAGAGACGCGAUUGUUGUGUGCAAGAAAAUGAAUUAUCGUGGUGGAAAGGCCGCCAUAAGUACAUCAAUUGGAAAAAAUGUAUGGUUAGCAUCUGUUGAAUGUGAAGGCACAGAAGAAUCUCUUUUAGAUUGCCCUCUUCGUAUAGUGAAUUGGACGAACAUGAUAAAGCCCUGUAAGGACCAUGCUACAGUUAAAUGUUAUCCAGCAGUGAAUUUAUUCAGUGAUUCUUCUUAUUAUGGCCGUGUUGGAAUAUUUGUCAAUGAUUCUUGGAUGGGUAUUUGCAACGCUGGGUUUGGUUCUACGGAAGCCAAUGUUUUAUGUCGAGAAUUGGGUUUCGUUUCUGGUACAAAGCAAAAAUACCCACCUGAAGGUUUUGUUUUUGAAAAUAUCCCAGUAAAUAUAAACACUCAUAUAACAAGGCUACGAUGUACAGGAACAGAAGCAUCACUAUUAGAGUGUAAGCUGGAAUUUGGACAAUGCCCUUCGGAGAGAUUUGUUUCUGUAUUUUGUGCUGAUUCUGAAAAUCCUGAUGCUCUUUUACACACACGAAUACAAAAUAUCUAUUAUGGAGUACUUGAAGCACAAAUAUUUAAUCAGUGGUCAACAAUUUGUCCAGUUGGGUGGAACGAUAAAGCUGCUCAUGUCGCAUGUAGAGAACUUGAUUUUUAUGAUGGGGUAGCGAUAUAUGCAUCUCGCAGUACAUACUCUACGAACGCACCUCCAGUUAUUUUAAGUCAUUUCAACUGUACUGGAACGGAAGGCAGCUUAUCUCACUGCUCUUACACAGCUUUUGAUGACUACACUAACUGUACUUUUGAUCAAGACCACGUAGCUGGUGUUCUUUGCUUUAAAAGUUUCGAGGGAGUCCGCUUUCGUUUAGCAGAUGGUCUGAGUGUCAGCCAAGGUCGAAUGGAAGUUUUUUUUGAUGGAUUGUGGAGAUCAAUUUGUAAAGAAAUAUGGACUGAUAAAGAUGUUAAAGUGUUUUGCAAGUCAUUGGGAUACAAAGAUGGGAUUGUUGGAUAUAGUAAAUUGAAAAAAACUUCAAAUUCGCUUUCAGUACUGGGUGUUUAUUCUUGUAAUGGAGAUGAGACAUCCCUCCUACAGUGUAACAAUACCUGGAUCCACCAGGGCGCUAAAUGCAAAAACACAGAAGAACCUAAAGCUGUUUGUUACAAGUCAGUUCGACUGACUGAAGGAGAUAAUUUUUCCAAUGGAAUUGUACAAAUCCGACGACGUGGUAGCUGGGGAACAUUAUGCGAUCUAAACUGGACCAAAGAAGAUGCCACUGUAGUGUGCAGAGAAUUGGGUCAUGGAAAAGGUAUACCAAUUUGCUGUGGAGUAUAUGGCCUUCAUACAUGGGACAAUACUUUAUCUCAGUUAAGCUGUACUGGUAAUGAAACGACUCUGGACCAAUGUCGCCAACUUCCACCUGUGUCGAUGUGUUAUUAUAAAGAGUAUGCUGCAGUGGCAUGCUUCAAUGGCUCGAUGAAGACUGAUUAUAAACUUCGCAUAGAAGGACGAACGAAUCACUCUGGAAGAAUCUCUAUAACAUAUAUGAGUAUUAAUGGUUACAUUUGCAGUGAUAACUGGGAUGACAAGGAUGCAAAAGUUGUAUGUAAGAUGCUUGGUUAUUCUAUGGGAAUGGCUUACCAUGACUACAAAGCCGAGUGGUCACCUCAUAGCGACGGGGGACCUUACUGGACGAGUGAUGUUAACUGUACAGGUAAUGAAUCAAAGCUAGACGAAUGUCAACAUGUUGGCUGGGGAAAUGUUACAUCCUGCACAAAUACACAUGUUGCUGGUGUUUAUUGCUACAGCGGUGACAAAAUUUCUUACCGACUAGCUGGAGGUAGGGGAGAUUUUGGUCGUGUGGAAGUGUACAUUGACGGAGAAUGGGGUACAUUUUGCUCAACAUUCUGGGACACUCGAGAAGCAACAGUUAUGUGUCGACAGCUCGGUUACUCAUCUGGAGAGAUCAGCACUACACCACUUCACGAUAGAGGCACUGGUCCAAUUUGGAAUAAUUUGUUUCGUUGUACAGGAGCUGAAAGUCACAUGCAUGAAUGCGCGCAUUCUGGUUGGAAGAAAGUUUCUCCUCAACAUUAUACUUGCAGUGCUCACAAGCGUGAUAUAUCUAUUCGAUGCUUUGCUACCGUGCGAAUUGCUGAUCACAUAAGUAAAGAAAUUUCCCGCGGUCCGGUUGUAGUCUACCGAAAUUCGAAUAAUUGGCAUUUAGUAUGUGAAACUGGUUUCAAUGAUUUAUCUGCCCGAGUAGUUUGUCACCAGCUGGGUUACAUGGAUGGGCGUGCAGUCUGUUGCUCGGCGUACGGUAAAGUGAAACAGGCUGUGGAUCAAAGUGUCACCAUUAGCUGUCAGCCAGGCGAUUUGUCUCUCACAGACUGUAUGGGCCGUACGACCUGCAACACGACUAAUUACGCUUCGGCAAUUUGUUUUCAAAAUACUACUGCUCUUGAGGAUUCAGGUUAUACUUUCUCUCUCCAUCCGUCCUCCAGUGGGCUUGGGAAGAUAUAUGUUAAACAUUAUAAUACCACAGGAUUUAUCUGCCCAUCUCAUUGGGAUGAUGUUGAUGCUAAGGUAUUCUGUCGCUCUAUUUCUUAUUCUAAUGGAAUCGCAUAUCAUCACAGUAACGAAGACCUACAUGUGAACGAAUACAAAACUGGCCCAUACUGGAUCAGCUCUGUUAAUUGUACUGGUCAAGAAAAGGCUUUGAGUGAAUGUCCAUUUAAAGCACGUGAUUCUUUAGGCAACUGUUCUAGUGGCCUAAUCGCUGCAGUUAUUUGCUUCAAUCAUUCCGGUAUUCAAUAUAGAAUGGUAGGCGGCAGUAAUUACGGACGUGUUGAAGUGUUAUUAGGAAGUGUAUGGGGCACUGUCUGUGAUUCGUUCUGGGACGACAAAGAAGCACGAGUCUUCUGUCGACACAUGAACUUCUCUGAUGGAAACGCGCUACGUGGAUCCGUUUACGGCGGUGGAACUGGUCCGGUGUGGUUAAGUCAUUUACAAUGCAAAGGAGAUGAGAAGUUUUUACAUCAAUGCCCACAUCGUGGUUGGUCAGCCAGUCGAACUAACAUUGAUGAUGAUUAUCAAAUGAUAUUCUCAGCGUCUUGUGCGGGUCACAAAAGAGAUGCUGGUGUUUUUUGUUUCAGUUCAGUACGACUUAGUGAAGGACCUAAAAUCAGCAGUGGAGGAGUUGAAGUUGAAACGAACGGAAAGUGGUCUCGUGUUUGUGAUGACAGUUUUACUGAUGCUGCAGCUCAGGUUGUUUGCCGCAGUCAAAAUGUACUAUACGGGAAAGCUAUAUCUGGAUCAGCAUUUGGCAAACUAAAUGAUUAUCCAAUCAAUAUGAGCAACGUUAAUUGUAAUGGUUCUGAGAAAACACUUUUAUCGUGUGAACACACGUGGGGUGGCCCUGAGAUGUGCAAAUCAGGAAAGUAUGCAUCAGUCGUCUGCACCAAUAAAACUGAAAGCACAGACUUCGAUGUACGUAUUUCCCGGGACAGUAUUUCAUCUGGUAUGCAUGGAAUUUUGGAGGUGCGAGUAGAUGGAAUAUGGGGGAGAAUCUGCAAUAAAAACUGGACCAACACUAAUGCAGAUGUAGCCUGUCGAGAAAUGGGCUAUGAAGGAGGUAUUGCUUAUCUACAUAUCAUCAAGAACUUUAAACCUAUACUAAUGAGCAAUGUACAUUGUGAUGGCAGUGAGAAAUCAAUCAGUGAAUGUCCACACACGACGUACGGACACGGCAUUGGAUGUAGUUUUGACGAUUUUGAUGCUGGAGUAAUUUGCUAUAAUAAAACAGGCCUUAAUUACCGCUUAAACGGUGGAAGUAACUCCAGUGGACGUGUGGAGAUUGAAUAUGAUGGCGUAUGGGGAACAGUGUGUAAUCAAUUCUGGAAUGCUUCCGAUUCUCGCGUUUUUUGCCGACAACUUGGAUUUGAGGACGGUUAUAGGCCAAGUGAUAUGAAACCUACAACACCACUGCAACCAUUGCGACACUGGUUAAACGGUGUUUUCUGUGACGGCCAAGAAGUGAACCUUCUAAAUUGUCUAAAUUCUGGAUUUGGUAGCACAUUCCUGAAUCGUUAUUGUAACAAAUUCUCAAGACCAACCGAUGUAUACCUCAAGUGUUUUAAUAUAUCAAUCGAUAUUUCUCGCAUUCGUUUGAUUGGAGACUAUCCACAUAUGGGACGCAUAGAAGUAUUUGUAAAUGGACCGAACGAAUGGGGUACCAUCUGUGAUGAUAUGUGGGAUAAUAAUGAAGCUACAGUUGUAUGUCGGUGGCUUGGAUACAGUUAUGGUUCGGUUCUGAGUCGAGGUAGUUUUGGCCCGGGAGUAGGUUCAAUUUGGCUGGACAAUGUUAUUUGUAAUGGUACCGAAAACAACCUCAUGCAAUGUAAACAUAGAGGAAUUGGUACUCACAACUGUGAUCACAAAGAAGAUGCCGGUGUAAUAUGCUUCACGACUAAAACCAGUGAGUCUAGCACGUCCAGCUCUGUAACUGUUCUCAACACAACAACAUUAAAGACGUCAACAUCGAAUCCAGUUUCACAUAAAACCAUUAUAUUCUCAACUACAGCUGAAAAUAAUAUAUCUACGACUACAACCACCAACCAAAUAUCUACAGUAACAUUCCCGAUAACAGAUACACAUACAGCACAUCCAGGAGUGAAAACUACAUCUGUACACACCCUCAGUUCAACAGAACAUAUACUAUCUACAACGUCAAACGAAGCAACGUCUUCUGAGACAGAAAACAAAAAUAAAUCAACUUCAUAUUCAAAACAACCCCACAAGUCUAAUGCAAUAUUACCAAUAAUCAUACCCGUAGUAUUUACUAUAAUAAUAAUCUUCAUAUUGUUUUGUUUCCUGUGCAGAAAAUAUAAGCAGUUUAUAUUCCAGAAAAGAAGCUUUUCAAGGCAUCGUUUACGGGAAGAUAAUAUUGAGGAAAGACCAGAUGGCAGUUUGCAAGUAUGCAAUCAGUUGUAUGGCUUAGAAACACAUGAUUUGCAUGGACCUUUUUCCAAAGACUCGGUUUAUAGAGAAGCUCAACAUGCCAGUUCAACAGAUGAUGACCAGUUAGAUCUUACACAAAAUGGAAACGCUUACUAUACUAAAAAUAAAGAUCAAGAAGGCUUUGAUAAUCCUCUUUUUGGAGUAUUUGAUUCACAAAAUAGAGAAAGUCCGUUCGACCAAGACACUCGAUCAAAACCUAGAUUUACCGAAAGUCGAAAAUAUAACGAUAACACAGAUGAGAGUGUAGCAUGAUGGAAUCGUGUAACUACGCUGUGGAACUAUCACGGUUUAUGACUUAUUAGUGUCUAUUUCUUGUAACAGUGGAAAUGACGACGCUAUAUUAUCAGAUGAUGAAGGAUAUUGUUUGAAAGAGAAGAGACUUUAUUAUUACUAAUACAGCUUUGAUAUGUU